AUGUUUCGCAGAUUCAGCAGUUGGGGCGCGGCGCUCAAGCGGGCAGACAAGUGGGACCUGCCGGAUCUGGAUAAGCUUCCGGGCGGGUUCCGGGGAAAGGUGUACAACCGGCGAGAUUGGAAGGAACAUAUUGCCAAGAACACGGCCAUUUAUUCCAACAAGGAAGCACAGACCCCCAAACGGCAGAUCAAGAUGCCUCCGGCCGGGUGGCGCAAGGACAAGACUCUGCCCGAGUACAUGCGGCAGAAGUACGCGUUGAAGGAGAAGGCGGCCAAGAUGGACCUGAGCACGACAAAAAGGCUGUCGCGCGAGGCGAUCGAAGGGAUCCGUGUUUUGCAUGCAAGGUUCCCAGACGAGCUGCCGAGCCAGAAACUGGCGGAGUUUUUCCGCGUGCCGGUGGUGACGGUGGCCAAGGUGCUCAAGUCGAAGUGGACGCCGAAGCCGCACGAGCGCGAGGCCAAGGAGCGCAAAUGGGAGGAGCGUGGCAGAGAGCUGCGGCGCAAGAUUUUCCUGGAGAAGCAGCUGGAGGACUUCUUCAAGCACAAGGAGCAGGAACUGGGGCUGGAGUUGCCGUACUUCUUCAAGCUCGAGCUGCGGGACUUUGCGAACUUGCACGGGUUCGAGGACCUGCAGCAGCAGUUCGACACGCUCAACAAGGUGCGCGAGGAGAAAACCAUCAGCUCCAUGGCCAAACUGAAGCAGGACAAACUACAGGACGCAAUGUAA